UCCCCCUCACACAGGCACCCUGGCAUGCCCCCUCCAAGCCUGCCAGAGCUCAGAAUAACCCUGAGAACUACGCAGCAGGAUGGCAAGGGCUCCGCUUGGGGUCCUGCUCCUCUUGGGGCUUCUCGGCAGGGGUGUGGGGAAGAACGAGGAACUGCGUCUUUAUCACCAUCUCUUCAACAACUAUGACCCAGGAAGCCGGCCAGUGCGGGAGCCUGAGGAUACUGUCACCAUCAGCCUCAAGGUCACCCUGACGAAUCUCAUCUCACUGAAUGAAAAAGAGGAGACUCUCACCACUAGCGUCUGGAUUGGAAUCGAUUGGCAGGAUUACCGACUCAACUACAGCAAGGACGACUUUGGGGGUAUAGAAACCCUGCGAGUCCCUUCAGAACUCGUGUGGCUGCCAGAGAUUGUGCUGGAAAACAAUAUUGAUGGCCAGUUCGGAGUGGCCUACGACGCCAACGUGCUCGUCUACGAGGGCGGCUCCGUGAGGUGGCUGCCUCCGGCCAUCUACCGCAGCGUCUGCGCAGUGGAGGUCACCUACUUCCCCUUCGAUUGGCAGAACUGUUCGCUUAUUUUCCGCUCUCAGACGUACAAUGCCGAAGAGGUGGAGUUCACUUUUGCCGUAGACGACGACGGCAAGACCAUCAACAAGAUCGACAUCGAUACAGAGGCCUAUACUGAGAACGGCGAGUGGGCCAUCGACUUCUGCCCGGGGGUGAUCCGCCGCCACCACGGUGGUGCCACCGACGGCCCAGGGGAGACUGACGUCAUCUACUCGCUCAUCAUCCGCCGGAAGCCGCUCUUCUACGUCAUUAACAUCAUCGUGCCCUGUGUGCUCAUCUCGGGCCUGGUGCUGCUCGCCUACUUCCUGCCGGCGCAGGCCGGCGGCCAGAAAUGCACGGUCUCCAUCAACGUCCUGCUCGCCCAGACCGUCUUCUUGUUCCUCAUUGCCCAGAAAAUCCCAGAGACGUCUCUGAGCGUGCCGCUCCUGGGCAGGUUCCUUAUUUUCGUCAUGGUGGUCUCCACGCUCAUUGUCAUGAAUUGCGUCAUCGUGCUCAACGUGUCCCUGCGGACGCCCACCACCCACGCCAUGUCCCCGCGGCUGCGCCACGUUCUCCUGGAGCUGCUGCCGCGCCUCCUGGGCUCCCCGCCGCCCCCCGAGGCCCCCCGGGCCGCCUCGCCCCCAAGGCGGGCGUCGUCGGUGGGCUUAUUGCUCCGCGCGGAGGAGCUGAUACUGAAAAAGCCACGGAGUGAGCUCGUGUUUGAGGGGCAGAGGCACCGGCACGGGACCUGGACGGCUGCCUUCUGCCAGAGCCUGGGCGCCGCCGCCCCCGAGGUCCGCUGCUGUGUGGAUGCCGUGAACUUCGUGGCUGAGAGCACGAGAGAUCAGGAGGCCACCGGCGAGGAAGUGUCCGACUGGGUGCGCAUGGGGAAUGCCCUUGACAACAUCUGCUUCUGGGCCGCUCUGGUGCUUUUCAGCGUGGGCUCCAGCCUCAUCUUCCUCGGGGCCUACUUCAACCGAGUGCCUGAUCUCCCCUACGCGCCGUGUAUCCAGCCUUAGCGCGCACCGACUUCAAUUUCCCACCCAUCUCCAGUAGGAAAUUGAUUUUGAAAAAGUAGGCUGCCGCCACCACGGCAUUA